AUGGACGACGACUACGUCGCGCAAGUCCUUGCCGCCGAGGCGCGGGACAGCUCUGAGAAGUACUCGUCUCAGGGUCCUGUGGCGUACAUGCCUCGAAAGCCGACGAGCGGUGCUCCAAAACCCAACACCCGCUUCCUCCGACACCUGAUCAAGGAAACCAGCAAUCACAAUACUGCCCUCAAGCGCAAGGAGGAGAGAGAAGCGAGAGAGCGCCAGCGCCAGCUCAAGGAGCCGACAUCUGCUUCUGGCUCAUCGUCUCAUGCUUCUAGAAGACGCGAGCGUGAAUCCGGCCAUCACCGUUCCUCAAGAGACCAUGGGCGAGACCAUGCGGACCGACAUCGUUCACAUCGCAGCAGAAAACAUCGAAAUCGUUCUCCCUCGGCAGAAAUGGAGCGGCCUCGACGGCCCCGACACCACGAAAACCAUGACAGCGACGAAGAUCCAGGAGACCGAGAGGAGCGCCGUCGCCAUGGACAUACCUCAUCCAGACAUGAUCGACGAGGGAGGGAAGAAGGCCGGCGCCGGCGCCGUGAGCGUUCAUACUCCAGAUCGCGCAGUCGUUCCCCCAGACGAGAUCGGAGUCCCACUCGCCAUCGAAGCCGCCGACAUGACCGAUCGAAAUCUCCUUCGCACACCCAUUCUCAUGCCUACGAAUCAGGCCGCAGUCGGCGAUCCAACCGCGACGAAGACACUACAUCUCAUAAAUCUCGCCCGUCUCGUUCCGAAACCGCCACACGACAUGAAAAGGCCUCGUCUGCCACGGAGAACCCACGUGAAACGGACAUUGAGCAUGACUCCGAUCCUUUGGAAGACCUUGUCGGACCCCUUCCUCCUCACAAACAUGGCCAAAGCGAAGCGCCUCUCCGUUCGCGCGGCCGAGGCGCCUACAAACCCAAUACGAGUAACAUGGACGCCCACUUCGCACCGGACUACGACCCAACGAUGGACGUUCAACUCGAGGACGAUCCGUCGCCUAAGCAGCCUACUCGUCGCCCCGUCGCCGGUCUGAUGACCGCAGACGACGAUUGGGAAAUGGCUCUUGAGGCAUUACGCGACCGAACGCGCUGGAAGCAGAAGGGAGAGGAGAGGCUCCGUGCGGCGGGGAUUAACGAGAGCACCAUCGAGCGAUGGAAGAAUAACCCGGCUUUUACGGAACUUCCUGGUGAUGGAGCAGGCCGGUCGGAAGAUGUCAAGUGGUCGAAGAAGGGCGAAGGCCGGGAGUGGGAUCGAGGCAAAUUUGUGGAUGAGGAUGGCCACAUCGACAUUCGGGCGCAGUGGUAG